AUGGUGCAUAAGUAUGAUACGGACAGAGCUGUGUGUCUGCUCAGACAGUACCAGGCCAACCUCAUUCAUCCAGAGGAGCAGACACUCAAGACCAGUGUGGACAAAGUGUCGGCUGUUUUGGGAAGUCAACUUUUUAAAGCACUUCUAGAAAGUGGAGGCCUCAGACAUACAGACAACCUCCACCUCCUCUUCUUCACCCCUGUGAUAACUCGCUCUCCGUGUGCUUAUGACAGUGUUGACUAUACUUCAGCACCAGAGUGUUAUGAGGUGACCUUGCAGCAGAAUGCAGAACAAACUGUUGUGAAAGAGGCAAACCACCAGCAAGUGUGGGAGGACCGGAUAGAGGAAGACGAGGGUGCAUAUAUGGUACGAGUGACCAGCAGGAGGAGUCCUCACAAAGUGGAGCGAGUGUCUGGCCUUGUGACUCAUUCUACAGUGGACUUGCCAGAGUUGGAGUAUAGUGUGUUUGGUGUGACGCAGAUGUUCACUGCCACUAAAGCCUAUUUAUAG